AUCUUUGCAGGCGGCAAGUUCAUUCGUACGCUCUGUGAAGGCAGUACAUUUGGAGAGAUUGCACUGCUGGGUCUCGGCAACGAAGGAGAUGUCAAGUUACCAGGUGGCAAGAUUGUUUGCAAGCGUACGGCUGACGCUCAGUCCGUUGGCUACUCGGAGGUGUUCAUACUGGGGAAACGUGACUUGAUGGGGGCGCUGAGUGAGUACCCAGAAGCCCGGCUUGCACUGGAGACCCAGGCCAUGGAAUGGUGAGUGAAGCACUCUCACAUACUUCCUUGUCAUGUGUUCUCGUCAUACUGAGAUGGGUUAUAGCAGCAACGCCACCGGACUUAAACAUCCAACUUCCAACUUGGAAGACCGUUGGUUGGUUUGUGCAUUCGAGACGUGAUAGAGCUUUAGAAAACAUCAGGUCGAUGAAAGGCAGUACCAUGUCAUUCAGUGUUGCGCUAGCUGUUGCAACGUUUGACUCCGCAAUACCUUGCUUGGAGCUUUUAGUGUUGGACCACCUACGGGUAAGAUGUGACAUUUUGGUCCGUUUAAUCCUUGGCUAACCAUGCAAGUGAGAUAACGUAGACGGUAUUGUGCUUUGCAUGGUACAAGGUCGCCAGUGUGUGGGUACAAGUAAAUAGAUGACUAUUGCUGGCCAUCGUACAUUAUUUUAAACAUUCUUUAUAAUCAGAAAUAUACUUACACCAUAGAAGCAACACGUCA